GCCAACAUUGGUCUCAAAUGGAACCUGAAGAAUGGAGGCACCAAUCACGUGGUCAAGGAUACGAUCGAUAUUAUCACCUCAGGUAAAGCCAUGGUUGUUGGCUACGAUGUCACUCAUCCUACGAACAUGUCCAACGACAAAAGCGCAGCGCCCAGCCUGGUUGGAAUGGUUGCCAGUGUUGACAAAGACCUCGGACAAUGGCCGGCUAUUGCGUGGGAACAGCCUUCCCGUCAGGAGAUGCUUGGAGAUGAGUUCACAGAGAAGUUCAGGCCUCGCCUCUUGUUAUGGCGUCAGCGUAACCAAAACAGACUCCCUGAGUUCAUCAUCAUCUAUCGAGACGGCGUCUCGGAAGGCCCAUUUACCCAGGUUCUCACAACUGAGCUGCCUAUGAUCCGCAAGGCGUGUGACCAGCUCUAUCUGCCCAAGCAGCACCCAAGGCUCUCCAUCAUCGUAUCCGUCAAACCCCGCCCUGCUCACUAUGCUGUGCUUUUGGGUGAGAUCUUUAGGGAGAAGUACGGCGUGGGUGACUUGGCUGCGGACCAGUUAGAGAAGCUCACGCAUAACCUCUGCUACCUCUUCGGCCGUGCCACCAAAACGGUCAGUAUUUGCCCGUCGGCCGACUACGCGGAUAUUGUGUGUGAACGGGCUCGCGUUCACCGUCCGGCUCUUUUCGACAUCUCGGACGCGGCAUCGACGACCACAAGUGCAUCUCAGCCCGUUGCACCCUCAAACAACGUGCAGGUGCAUCCGAACCUGCAAGACACGAUGUAUUAUAUUUGA